AUGGAAACACAACAGGGAAAAGAAACGAAUAAAGAUGAAGAGGAGAAAGAAAGCGUUACUCAAAAACCUAUAGAUCUAGAUAUCAUAUUGACAAAUGAGUUAGGUCAAUUUGGCCGGUUCCAACUAAGAAAUGUCUCCUUUCUUUCUCUGUUUCUCAUAGUCGGUGGAACAAUGGGCGAGUUUAUAUUCUCAGCAGCAGCUACACCACACAGAUGUCAUAUCCCAGAAUGCAGUGAGAGUGAAAAGAUGGAUGAAUUUAACCCUGAAUGGAUAAAAAAUGCAAUUCCAGGGACAAGUUCAGGUUUGGCAAGUUGCGAAAGGUAUGCUUCUGUGGGAACUAACGGGAGCUUGGACUACUGCCCUGCCAACCUGUUCGAUCAGUCCAACACUGUAGCUUGUGAAGGUUUCGUGUAUGCCAAUAAUAACACAGUUGUGUUUGAAUUUGAUCUAGAAUGUAACGAGUGGUUGCGAGCCUUUGCGGGAACUUCGUAUAACAUAGGGAUGCUGCUAGCAUUACCGAUCACUGGAUAUGUCUCAGAUCGCUUCGGCCGGAAGACAGCUUUGCUCAUUAGUAUCUUCAGUCUGAGUUUGUUCGGUUUCAUUCGUGCGUUCUCCAUUAACUACACCAUGUAUCUGAUACUGCAGAUUGUACAGAUGGCUUUUGGAUACGGAGCAUUUACUUCUGCGUUUAUUAUCACUACUGAGCUGGUUGGGCCGAAGUAUCGUGUUAUUACAGGUGUGACUACAACUGCAAUGUAUGCGUUAGGAGAAGCAAUAUUGGGAAGUGUCGCUUGGUUGAUCUCGCCGUGGCGAUACGUUAUCAUGGUCACAACUAUCCCAUGCUUUUUCUUCGUGUCGUACUACUGGCUUAUCACAGAAAGCGUAAGAUGGCUACUUUCCAAAAAAAAUUACACAGAGGCUAAAAAUAUAUUGCAUACUAUUGCAAGAGUAAACAAAACCGAAAUCAGUGAAAAGUCUCUUGAAUUACUCUUUAACCCUCCACAACCCAAGACUUCAUCAUCUAAUACUGAGACUCUGGGAUUAGUUCGAACUAUAAUACAUUCUCCAAUUCUGCGUAGAAGAGUUUGCACGACGCCAAUAUGUUGGAUAUCAAUGACGUUUGUCUACUAUGGCCUGACUAUCAACUCUACUAGUCUCUCUGACAACAUGCAUUUGAAUUAUAUCUUAACGACUCUUAUCAGCAUUCCUGGUUUUUACACAUCUGCAUUCCUCUCAAAUACAAUUGGCAGAAAACUUACUGUGACGUUUGGUUUUUUCAUAAGCGCUGCUUGCAAUAUCAGUUUUGUCUUUAUACCCAGAGACUUGGCCAUCCCACGCCUUGUAGUAUAUCUUCUUGGUAAGUUUUUCAUCGCAUCCGUUGGAUCUACGCUAUAUAUCUACACAUCGGAACUAUACCCAACAGAGUACCGACAUACUCUGCUUGGCUUCUCUUCCAUGAUUGGUCGUAUUGGAUCUAUCUGUGCACCACUUACUCCAGCACUUAUGACCUACUAUCACGGCCUUCCGUCGUUGCUGUUCGGAGGUAUGGGCGUGAUCGCCGGUCUGCUGGUGCUCACGCAGCCGGAGACCCUGGGCUGCAACAUGCCCGAUACUUUAGCUGAGGCAGAAGUCAUCGGGAAACUAGAAUCCAAAAUAAAAACAACUUGUAUAUCUACUUGAUAACAGAUAUCUAUUUUAAGUUUGUGACUAAAAAAAAUC